CACAAAAACAGAUUCACGUAAACCAGCAAGAGCAAAUAAAACAACUCUCGUCUCUAUAUAAAUAAACCCUACACUUCUUAUGCUUAUAUUCUUCUUCUAAACGAAAACCUCAGUACGCAUAUCUCCCUGUCUUCUUCAUUUUUCAUUCCUUUUUGGAUGGUUGAAACAAGAUCUAUAACCUUUUUGAUGCACUUUCUCUCUACUCUUUCUUCUCAGAGAGGUUUUGCUCGUUCUCUUCACGGGCUUAUCUUCCACUUUGGCUCUGGCAAGCAAGCCUGGUGCUAUCGUUGCCUUGGCCUUGAUCCCUAAAGAAAACCUCACAAGAUUAAUUAGUUGUUUUAUCUUCUUUUUUUUUUGUUUUUUAAUUGAAACCCUCAGCUUCUUUUUUCUUUUUACUUUGAGCUAUAUAUCUUGCUUUUUCAUCAAAGAAAGGCUACAAAAAUGGAAAAGAUGAAGAGAAAUGUGAGCGAGAAAAUGAUGUUAAAAAAGCAGAUAAAGAAUAAGAAAGGUGAUGACAAAAAGAAUAGGUUCUUGGUAAGUGUCAAUUUUCUUGGGAGUGCAGGGCCUAUAAGGUUUGUGGUUAAUGGGGAUGAUCUUGUUUCUGGGGUCAUUGACACUGCUUUGAAGACGUAUGCCCGUGGAGGCCGGCUCCCAGUUCUUGGCUUUGAUGUCAAUAAAUUCCUUCUCUACUGUGCUAAUCCACCUUCAGAUGCGUUGAAUCCACGGGAGCCAAUAGGUUCCCAAGAGGGAAGGAAUUUUGUGCUGUGCAAGAAACAGCUGCAACCACAAAUGACGGAAAUGAGAUCAGACAUCGUAGCUAAAAAACCAUCUGGGUGGAAGGCAUUGAUGACUGCAUUUCUCCCCAUAUGGGGAUUGGUUGGUACUUGAAAAUGUCAAUUAUACAAUAAUUAAAUAUCAGUAUCCAGCAUGCUUAAUUAUGUCUCUGAUUAUGACUUUGGUCAGGUGUGAGUUCUACCUCACAAGUCUCUACUAUUUCGAUGCUUUUCUGGAGCAUAUACUAGAGACAAUAUUAAUAUGUUGUAAAAAUGAGAGCAUAUAUAUGUUCUCUAUGUAUAAAUCAAAUAAUGUACGUUUUCAUUAUUUGCAAACGAAUGGCAUCUUUGGCAUCA